UAGAUUAAAUUUAUGCUCUAAGUCUAAGCCGUCCUAUUAAAACUUUUGUCAUAGCAAAGUCGAGUGGGUUCGGCGGACUUAAUAACGGCGUCGUUUAGCAGCUCAUACGAAGUCAAAUAGCAGCUCAUUUUGUAAUGUCCCGUAAAUGGCGACGGCGAGGAUCGUAUCCCUCAAAGCCCUCGUACGCGGAGUUUUAGCAUGGUCACCACAGUCGCAAUUCCUCCUCCGUUCUCGUACUCUUACCUCCACCGUGCGACCUUAUUCCGCCGCCACAUCGCCGCCUUCUAAGGCCGUUGUCUACGAUCAACACGGCUCUCCUGAUAUUGUCACUCGAGUAACGGAGCUUCCGCCGGUGGAAAUUAAAGAGAAUGACGUGUGUGUUAGAAUGCUUGCGGCUCCGAUCAAUCCUUCUGAUAUUAAUAGAAUUGAAGGAGUUUAUCCUGUCCGACCACCAAUGCCUGCAGUUGGGGGAUAUGAAGGGGUUGGAGAAGUGCAUACUGUUGGCUCUGCAGUUAAGGGUCUUUCCACUGGAGAUUGGGUUAUCCCUUCCCCACCUUCUUCAGGGACAUGGCAGACCUAUGUCGUAAAAGAACAAACUGUCUGGCAUAAAAUUGAU